AUGUGGGAGGCGAAGCUGGAGCCCGACAUUGUCAGCUACAAUGCCGUGAUCAGCGCGUGCGAGAAAUGUGAGCAGUGGCAGCGGGCCCUGUCGCUGCUCAGGGAGAUGCGGGAGGCGAAGCUGGAGCCCGACGUCAUCUUCAGCUACGGCGCUGGGAUCAGCGCGUGCGAGAAAUGUGAGCAGUGGCAGCGGGCUCUGGUAUUGCUCAGUGAGAUGCGGGAGGCGAGGCAGGAGCCCGACGUGAUCAGCUAUAACGCUGGGAUCAGCGCGUGCGAGAAGAGCGAGCUGUGGCAGCGGGCUCUGGCGCUGCUCAGUGAUAUGUGGGAAUCGAUUUUGAAGCCCGACGUCAUCAGCUACAGCGCUGGGAUCAACUCAUGCGAAAAGGGCCGGCAGUGGCAGCAGGCCCUGUCGCUGCUCAGCGGGAUGCGGGAGGCGAAGCUGGAGCCCGACUUAGCUACAACGCUGCGAUCAGCGCGUGCCAGAAAGGCAAGCAGUGGCAGAGGGCUCUGUCUCUGCUAA